AUGUCGCAAUCAUUGAAACCAUACUUGACAGCCGUUAGGUCUUCACUCACGGCUGCAAUUUGUUUGCAAGAUUUUUCAUCGCAACUAGUUGAACGUCAUAAUCGGCCAGAGAUUGAAGUGACAAACACACAUAAUCCGGAAUUAAUCCUUAAUCCAAUGCAUAUAGCGCGGAAUGAAAAUGAGAAAAUUUUGAUUGAGCCAAGUAUUAAUUCAGUUCGUGUAUCAAUUAAAAUCAAACAAGCUGACGAAAUCGAAAAUAUCCUUGUUCAUAAAUUUACUAGGUUUUUAACAUCAAGAGCAGAGAGUUUCUUUAUCUUGCGUAGGGUCCCUAUAAAGGGGUACGAUAUCAGUUUUUUGAUUACAAAUUUUAAUACCGAGCAAAUGUUGAAGGAUAAAUUAGUUGAUUUUAUAAUUGAGUUUAUGGAAGAUGUUGAUAAAGAAAUAAGUGAAAUGAAACUAUUUUUGAAUGCUAGAGCUAGAGUAAUUGCCGAGUCGUUUUUAAUUCCCUUUGAUUGA